CCGGGCAAUGUCCGCCCGAUCGGGCGGACAAAGCAACGAAGUACGAGUCACCUAAUACUUAUCAACACAGCAGGCCCUCCAAACAGAUACACUUCGAUGCCAGAGAGAAUCCACUUCUUUGGUUGGCAAGGUUGUUGGAAGGGAUGAGCAGAAAAAGGAGAUAAUUACACUGCUACUGAAAGAUGAUCAGAGUAGUGAAGGUUAUGUUGUGAUUCCUAUUGUUGGAACGGGUGGCAUUGGGAAGACCAUCCUGGCUCAAUAUGUAUACAACGACGAACAGAAGUAUGUAUACAGAGAUGAGCAACUCUAUGCAUAUAACGAUGAGCAGCAGAAGUGUAAUUUUGAUCUCAAGGCAUGGGUGUGUGUCUCAGAUGUGUUCGAUGUCAAACGUGUGACAAUAGAUAUAAUUAACUCGGCCUCCCAGAGCAAUUUCGACUAUAGCAAUUUGGAUCAGGCACAAGUGAAACUGCAGGAAGUGCUAAAAGGCAAAAAAUUCUUCAUUGUUCUUGAUGAUAUUUGGAGCGAGGAAUAUGAUGAUUGGUACAGGCUGCAGGAACCUUUCCGACACGGUGCAAAAGGAAGCAGAGUGAUAACGACAACCAGAAUUGAGAGUAUUGUAAUGAUGAUGGUUAAUAAUCCAACUCAACGUAAUAUCAUCAAGUUAGAAAGUUUGUCAAACGAUGAUUGUUGGCUUAUAUUUCAGCAGCAUGCAAAAGUAGGUUUUGACCUCGCUGAGAUGCGGGAUAAUGUCAUAGAAAAGAUUAAUGGAUUGCCUUUGGCCGCAAAAGCUCUAGGAGGUCUCCUUAAAAGUAUUCCAGACAAGAGCCAACGCCGAAAGAUAUUAGAGAGCAAUGUUUGGGGUGAGAAGAGCAGAGUUUUACCGGUUUUAAGGUUGAGUUACCAUCAUAUGCCAUCUCAUUUGAAGCAAGUCUUUGCUUACUGUUCAGCAUUUCCAAAAGACUACAAGUUCAAGGAGAUGAAAAUUGUCUUACUAUGGAUGGCUCAGGGCUUCAUACCAGAAACCCAAAAUGAAAGAAUGGAAGAUACGGGUCACAAGUACUUCAAUGAUUUGGUAUCAAGGUCGUUACUUGAAAAAAGUAUGUCUGAUGCAGGAAAGUUCAUCAUGCAUGACCUCAUACAUGAUGUGGCUCAAUUGGCUGCAAGUGGCGUCUGUUAUGUAAUGGAUGUUGUAGAUACACAGAGAAAUCUUAUAAGAACUCGCCAUUUGUUUCACCCUGGUCAUGUUCAAACAUUGGGAAAUCAAAUCAUGGUUCCUCAGUUGCGAACUUUUCUGUGCAACAACGUUUAUAAUCUGGACUUCAUCCAAAGAAUGCAUUAUGUACGAGUCCUACGCCUACAUUCAAGCGAAACUAAAGUUCUGCCAGAUUGUAUUGGUGAUUUAAAACACUUACGCUACCUUAGUCUCGAAAUCUUUAGCAUAAAAAUGUUGCCACAAUCAAUAAAAAAUCUUUGGAACCUCCAAACACUGUGCCUGGAAGGCUGUCGUAGCCUUAAGAAGAUUCCAUAUAUUGGAUCUAUGAGAAAACUUCGCCACCUGUCCAUUGAGGAUACCUCUUUACAGGAGAUGUCGUUUGGAGUUGGGGAAUUAACAAACCUGCAGACUUUAGACAAAUUUUUGCUAGCAGCUGAUGGUGGAUCCAAGGUAAGGGAAUUGAGGAUGUUGAAUCAUCUCCAUGGAAAAUUAAUUAUUCGGGGGCUAGAAAAUGUGACAGAAGUCGUGGAUGCACAUGAAGCUCAAUUGCAUAAAAAAGAGAGUCUAGAUGAGUUGUAUCUGGAAUGGGGAGCUUGUAUGAAUGAGGUUUAUGACAAGACUAAGAGAGAGGUGGUUGAGAAGUUGCACCCUCACACUUCCAUCAAGAAGUGUGAGUUGCGUGGGUACAUGGGGUCUACCUUCCCAAGUUGGUUGGGAGAUCCUUCUUUCAAUAACAUGGCUCACAUAAGGCUGAAUAAUUGUGAGAAAUGUGAAUGGUUGCCUCCACUAGGGCAGCUACCCUCAUUGAAGAGUCUUUGGAUUGAACGUAUAAAUGGUAUUAAGGAGGUAGGCCUUGAAUUUUAUGGGCAUUGCUCAACUCCAUUUCCGUCUUUGAAGACUCUACUUUUAUCUGGUUUGGAAUUAUGGGAGAAGUGGAUGCACCCACCAGUUGGUAUCAACAAGGCAUUCCCUGUCCUUGAAGAGCUUUCCAUUGAUUAUUGUCUGUUAUUGAAAGGUAAUCUACCUCCUCAUUUGCCUUCUCUUAGAACGCUGGAUAUCAAUGCAUGUAGAAAACUGCAAUCCUUGGAGUUGAAGAAUUCGUCUUCCUCAGCUUCUCGUCUGUUGAAUGCUGUGAGUCUAUGGUCUCUAUUGAUCAUAUUCCCUUGACUCUGCAACUGUUGAAUAUCAAUUGUUGUGAACAACUAGGGUCUGUAGAAUUUGCUGAACAGCCUACAAAUUUUUCUCCUAGAAGUGAAGACGGGAAAACCCCAAAGAGUGAAGAAAACAUAGGAGUUUUCCUAAAGGCUUCAUUGGAACUUCCUCUUCUCACUAGUUUGAAAAUAGAAAGUUGCCCAAGUCUAAGAUCAUUACAACAAAAUCUACUUCUCCCGGCCUUACAAACACUUGAGUUAUGGGAUUGCAAGUCUAUGGAAAGGCUUCCUGGUCAAUUGCUCAAUUUCACCUCCCUCGAACGAGUAUUUAUUCUUGAAUGCCCCAAAAUCCAUAGCUUAGCGGAAGGUGGCUUACCCAGAAACUUGAUAUUCCUUGAAAUAGAAGAAGUGAACAUAAAGCAGGCAGUAACAGAGUGGAAAUUGCACCUCCUUCAUUCACUUAAAGCUCUUACGCUUAAAAAUGUAGGCAUCUCUGCAGACUCAGUAGAGUGUAUUCUGUGCCCACAUCUUUCUCUGCCCUCUUCCUUGUGUCUCUUAGAAAUCAGGGGUUUCCAAUAUUUGAGAAUCAUAUCCAAUGGCAACACCCUUCCCAACCUCACUCGUCUUGAUGUUAUGGAUUGCCCAAGGCUUGAAUCAUUGCUUAGCAAUUUUACCUCGCUUACAGAUUUAAUAACUGAAAAUUGCCCAAAAUUCCACAACUUUUCAGAGGGAGGUUUACCCACAAACCUGCGGUCUCUUUCAAUCUCUGAUACCAACAUAGACAAACCAAUAAAAGAGUGGGGAUUGCACCUUCUUACUUCCCUUCAUUCUAUUUCUCUUACACUUGUAAAUGUUAGCAGCUCCUUAGAUUGCAUUAGCGGUUCUGACCUUCCCUCUUCCCUGCGUACAUUACAUAUAAAGGGAUUCCAAAAUCUGAAAACAAUAUGCUGUUCCACUCUUCCUGACUUGUCCUCUAUCAAUGUCCUCUCUUGCCCCCGAUUCGAAUCAUUUGGUGACCAUGGCCUUCCUCCAAGCAUUAAAAGCAUUUAUAUUAAAGAGUGUGAGAUGAUACAGCAACAUUUGAGAAGUGAUCCCAGUGGCCGUAUACUUACAGAGAAUGGAAGAUUAUCGUCGCCUCUGUCUCAAAGUCAACCGAGCUCUGCCCACUCAAGUACCUGACCUUCAAAUGCAACUGUUUGCUCAUGUUAUGGUGCUAAGAACUCAAGAAGCUAAGAAGCCUAACAGUAGUAAUAACAUCUACCAUUUUAAGUUGACUGUUAAUUUUAGCCAAUGACUGCGCUAGAAGCUACACAUGAAGGAUGCAAUUUUCAGUCGCAUUGAACUAUUGUAUCCUAUAAUCUGUUAGGGAAUGAAGGGCAAUGGAGUUGACUUCUGCAUAUUGAUAGUAGAUGGUUAUAGGCAUUAAGGUACAUACUCUUCAAGUGCAACUGUCUGCUCAGUCAUAGUGUCAAGACUCAAGAAGCUAUUGAGAAGCUCAACCAUGUUUGAAGGUGGUUUAUGCUUGUGAUUGUCCUUCAAUGAAAUUCAACUGUCUUUAAUCAUCUGGCUGCUGGAAAUCAAUAUAGUGAAGUUCCUGUGAUCAAGAACGUGAAGUGAAGGCCAAACUUUUGCAAACGAUGGAAGCACGGUUUUCUACUGAAAUCAGAUAGUACAAAGCAUUCUCAAGAUCUGGACUUUGAUUAUAGCAAUCAUCAGACAUAAACUCUAUAAGUUCAAUGCCAACAUCCAAGGACACUCGGGUUCAUCAAUGAAGAUCUGACAUCUGAUGAGCUGUUUUGCUGCUGAUGAUGAUGAUGGCUUGCGUUACAUCAUUAAACGACCAUGAAAUCAUGAUUUUUGGAUUCUGACUAUAGCUUGGUCUGGGGAAACAUGAAUGGAGGUUUAUUAUUGCCUUGAAUUGUUGUGUAUUGAUUUCUUCAUCUGUACCUACUCAUUUUGUUAAUUUUCACUUUUGAUUUGGGGACAAGUCAUCUAAUUAGUACAGUGGUUCAUAAAAGUAGUACGUAAAGGUAAAAUUUGACUACUUUUAGCCUUUAAACAUGAUGAUGGGGGAUUUAUUUUUCCACAAUAUUACCCAAUAUUAUCAACAUUAAAUCAUACUUUAGUGUUUAUUUGAUUAUUGUACUAUAAUACACAUUUUUAUAGGCAUCUUGAUAUUCAAGAUUCGAAGUGGAAUGGUGUUGAGUGGUAGUUGGCUCCAAUCCUUUUAUUUGGCAAAUACUAUAAUCGAAAGUUUAAAUUCCACCACCUAAUAUUAUGCUAGUAUAUGUCUCAAAGCAACUUUAAGCUUGAAGAAUAGUAUACAUACUGCAUAAAAAAGUACUGCAGAUGCCAAA